UGGGCUGAGGUAUGGACGGGGCGGGACUGACGGCGAGCAGGCUGCGACCGCGGCAGCGUGUGGCCCCCCACCCCUGCCGCCUUCAGGUCUACUGCACUCCAAUUCCACGCAGCGGCCCAGGCAGUCCCCGGGCGAUCUUGUUUCCGAUUUAAUGAGGAUCAGAAAGCCGGGCAGGGGGCACAAGCCUGUUAUCCCGCCACUCCGGGAGGCCGAGGCAGGAGGGUCGCAAGUUGCAGCCCACUUUGGGCCACUUAGCGACUUUAGUGAGGUCCUGCCUCACUGAAAAAAGGGCUGAGCUUGGAGCUCAGUGAGAUCGGAAAAAGGAAAAAUAAUGUGUUUAUGGAAUGCAUUAAAAAGUGAAACCCAGCCUGCGGGAGGUGUAUGCGGAAGGCCUAGAGUGAUUGCGGGCAGCCGGUCCGGAUCCGGCCAGGGAGGAGCCAAGAUUUCCAGAAUAAAACUCCCGAUGGACUGCUGGGAAUGAAAGGCUCAGCUUUUAUUUCAGCUACAUACGUGGCUUCCUGGGGUCCUGACUGUGCCCUCCAAAGGGGUUGUGGGUCGAUUUCAAAGGAUACCUUGGGCCUCCGAGGACGGCUGUCAGUGCGGUGAGGGAGAGACAAGCCAGCCGGGUUCAGAAGCCCAGACCGGCCUGGGGCAGGGCCGCUUCUCCCCGAGACGAGCCCCAGGGCCCGCUCCCGCGUCCCUACCCUGGGCUCCAGGCAGGUGCCUCACACCUGGGACUGACACUUGGACUCCUGAAGAUAAGGCAUGAAAAGAGCCCAGUAAAACUGCCAAGUCACUGAAGUUCUGUAUCCACACGCCUGCCUGGAUCCCAAGCUAGCAUUUUGAUGCUUAGAACCAUGCUACUUGGUCCCCCUCCAUAAGUUCCCUGGUACAGAGAGGAAAGUAAUUCUUGAGAAGGAGGGGAAGGGCUGUCAGGUGUGGGGAAUUACAAGGUAACUGCAGCGGCGAUUCUUAGUAGGAGGAGGGCUGUUAACGCUGGUGGAGGUGUUGCAGCCUGUGAAAACACUCUACUGCGAGGCUACGGUCCGCUUCACAGUAAUUACUUAAGGGCUGCCAGAUAUCCGACGGGAUGGAAUGUGAACCCAUCGUGAUUCGUUUGUCCUUAGCUCAGAAUCCAGCGUAGGAGAGGAGCAGGUCAUUUCUGUGCAGCCAAAGGACACAGGGAAAGAGAGAGAAAAGUUAUGCCUGCCGCUUGCACGCUAUUAAAAGUAGAACAGAAGAAAUUAGUACGAUAUUUUAUUUAACCCACCAGGUCUAAGCGUGGUCACUGCAGCAUGGAAUCAAUAUAAACCUAUUUCCCAUAUUUUUCUCUAAGUCUUUGAAUUUGGGGGUGCUCUUUGUACUCAGGGUUCCUUCAGUUCCCACAAGCUGCCCUUGGGUGUUGCCUGGCUGCGCGAGCUGGGGUCCACCAGAAGGGGCCGCAGCCAUGCUGUCGCGGCUGCCUCAUUCCUGUCCUGUUCGCGCACUGGCAGAGGGCUGCAGCGUCUGCUGAGGGGCUUCUCCAGCCCGGAACCGGAAGGGCUUUCUCUGCACUUUGCAGGAGACUGGAGAGAGUGCUUGUCCGAAGGGCUUAGCUCGCUGAGGCCUCAGUGUCUUUCCCGGCUUGGCUGUGGUGUGGUCUCCGCUUAACAGCUUAGCAGUAGGUGUUUGCAGACGGAGGAAGAAGCCUCAAAGCUGCUGCGCCCACCCCGGCAGGUCCUCGCUGCUUCCUCGUUGGGCGAUCUGAGCCUGGACUCCUCCCUUGCACCCCUCGACGUUAACAGAGGAGGGGAUCAUCCCAAGACAAGCACAGAAAACACCUUCUCCCCUUUCUCCUGUCCUGGUGGGAGAAGCCAAGGGAUGAACUAAGUCGGGGCAGCAGACUGGCAUCAGAAUUAGUGCAGGGCAGGGGCUCUGGAAAGGCCAUGGAGGUGCUGGGUGGCCGGGCCUUAGUUGCUUGGCAGGAAGUGGGCGUGGGAGUAGCUCUGGGCCCUGUAGCACCCAGGUGGGCUCAGGUCUGGGCAUCUGGAACUGGUGUUUCCUGGUCGUGUGAGUGUGGAGGAAAAGCUGGAUGCUGGAAAGGAGAGCAGAUCAGCACUUCAGGUCUGGGAAGUGCUGUCUACUGAGGGGCAGAGGGGGUGCUCAGGGGGCGCAGGGAGUGACUCGGCCUGGGGAGGAUGCUGGCACAGCGCGCUGUGUAUAUGAAAGGUGUCUUAGCAAGCACCCACAACUUUCGACCUGUGGGUCAGGGAUGGAAGAAUCAGCGGUUCGGGCGGCAACACGCACCUGCCUUGUGGUUCUUCCUGUGUUGCCUUCCGGUACUCACCCCACACCCUCCCUCCCAAGGCCCUCUUCCUGCUGGCUGGACUCUUCCACUGUAUCUAGGGCCCCUGGCCACUGCCCACGGCCACACAAACACUCUGGGUCCAUGGUCCUGACGCUCCAGGCUCUACCCACAGGCACCAUGACCACGGUGAGGAUGCAGCACUCCUUGGCUGGCCAGACCUACGCCGUCCCUCUCAUCCAGCCAGACCUCCGGCGGGAGGAAGCCAUCCAGCAGGUGGCCGAUGCCCUGCAGUACCUGCAGGAGGUCUCCAGAGACAUCUUCAACAGGAUCUCCCAGCGGGUGGAGCUGAGCCUCGGCCAGCUGCAGGUCCUUGGGGAGCGGAUUUCUGCCAGCCAGGCCAAGAUCCAGAGGAUCAAGGGCAGCAAGAAGGCUAUCAAGGUGUUCUCCAGCGCCAAGUACCCGGCCCCUGAACGCCUGCGCGAGCACAGCUCCAUCUUCUCCGGAGCACAGGACCCAGGCCCCCUGUGCCCACCGCGCCGCCGCAUCCAGAGCAAGCACCGUGCCCUGGAUGAGCGGGCCCUGCAGGAGAAGCUGAAGUACUUCCCGGUGUGUGUGAGCGCCAGGCCGGAGCCCGAAGAUGAGGCUGAGGAGGGACUCGGGGGUCUCCCCAGCAACAUCAGCUCAGUCAGCUCCCUGCUGCUGUUCAACACCACGGAGAACCUGUACAAGAAGUAUGUCUUCCUGGAUCCCCUGGCAGGGGCUGUCACAAAAACCCACGUGAUGCUCGGGACCGAGAAGCAGGAGAAGCUGUUCGAUGCCCCUCUGUCCAUCUCCAAGAGAGAGCAACUGGCGCAGCAGGUUCCCGAGAACUACUUCUACGUGCCGGACCUGGGCCAGGUCCCCGAGAUAGACGUGCCGUCCUACCUGCCUGACCUGCCGGGUAUCGCUGACGACCUCAUGUACAGUGCCGACCUGGGCCCGGGCAUCGCCCCAUCUGCCCCUGGCGCCAUCCCUGAGCUGCCUACCUUCCAGACAGAAGUGGCCGAGCCUUUCAAGCCAGAUCCAGAGGGCGUGGUGCUCCCAGCACCCCCACCCCCGCCGCCCCCGCCUCCGCCCCCGCCCCCAGCUCCUGCAGUACUGGCCAGCGCACCCCCAGGCCUGCCACCUCAGACCGCAGCCCCCACCACUGGCCCUGGCCCCCUGGAGGACAGCAGCCACGGCGCCCAGGCUUCAGCACCAGUCCAGGGAGCUCCCAAGGAGGUGGUGGACCCCUCCAGCGGCCGGGCCACCCUGCUGGAGUCCAUCCGCCAAGCCGGGGGCAUCGGCAAGGCCAAGCUGCGCAGCGUCAAGGAGCGCAAGUUGGAGAAGAAGAAGCAGAAGGAGCAGGAGCAAGUGGGAGCUGUGGGCCAGGGAGGGGACCUGAUGGCCGACCUCUUCAACAAGCUGGUCCUGAGGCGCAAAGGUAUCUCCGGGAAAGGACCCGGGACGGGGGCUAACGAGGGCCCAGGUGGCGCCUUCGCUCGCGUGUCGGACGCCAUCCCACCACUGCCACCCCCACAGCAGCCAGCAGGCGAGGAAGACGAGGAGGACUGGGCGUCCUAGCCGUGCCCUGGGAGCGGGGGCCUGUGUAGGGCCUGCCGCCCAGCAGAGCUCUCCAAGUUAAGGG